AUGUCGAAUGCGCCUCUCCCGUCAUCUUUCGAUGGCAAUGCGGACCCGGCUAAUCCGGAUCGUAUCACCAGUGACUUCUACGAAGAAAACCGGUGGCAGAAGCUCAGUCGACGCCUUAAAGAGGAGCCUCUGGUCCCCCUCGGAUGUCUCCUAACAUGCGCGGCCCUCCUGGGCGCUUCUCGCUCCAUCCGCUCCGGCGACCACAACAAGACAAACCGCAUGUUCCGCGCUCGUAUCCUGGCGCAAGGCUUCACACUUGUGGCCAUGGUCGCUGGCAGCGUAUACUGGGCGGAAGACCGGGAGAAGCGGAAGGAGUUUGAGGGCAUAUUGAGCGAAAAGAAGCAGAAGGAGAAGAAUGAGGCCUGGAUUAAGGAGCUGGAGGCUAGAGAUAGGGAAGAGAAGGAGAUUGCGGCGUUGAGGGAGAAGCGGAGGGCGAGGGCUAUGGAUGGGGCCCAUAUACCGGAGAAGGUUAAGACGAAAGUGCCCGAGGCUCAGACUACGGCCGAAGCCGCGAUGGAGAAUCCGGAGGAGAAAGGCAAGGGGAUUCUGGAUAAAGUUUAUGGGAUGGUGUCGGGUAGGCCUAAUAAGGAGCAGCCAAGCGGGAACGACAGUGGGAAUGGGGAACCGAAACCACCUCGAGGUGGAGCGAAAUCCAUGAUGGAGGACGAAGACCAGAGGCGGAGAGGUGUAUUUGAAAUGGUCCAGGAGCUUGUUGCCAGUCGGAGAUAA